UAAUUUACACUAUGUUCCUUAUAUUUGUCAUAAUUAAUAUAAAUCCAUAAACCUUUUGUAGAUAACUAGCACAUAUAUAAAAUAUUAUAGUAAUAUUAAUUAAUAAAAUAUUACACUAAAAUAUAAAAUUAUGAAUAGAAAUACAUAAUUAAAUAUUAAACUACAAGAAAAAUACCACAUUAUUACAUAAAAUUAUUUUAAAAUGCUUCACUUUCGGUUAUACAAAAUUUGGGCCUUUCCUUUAGCUUCAUCUUCAGAAUGAUCAGAGCAAACCUUUUGCUGCAUGAACUUUCCUGUGAAGUUUUGCUUUCUUAUAAAAGUAAGAUGGAUGUUCCACCUCCACCUGAUGAAGAGUCCGAGAUCAGCGAGUCAGAGAUCGAUGACUACUCCCAAAAACCCUACCUGAAACUCCAAACCGGGCAUUACAAGGUUAAGAAGGUGAACGGAACGCUGAGAUGCCCCUUUUGUUCAGGCAAGAAGAAGCAAGACUACAAAUACAAGGAGCUGAUGGCGCAUGCUUCUGGUGUCUCCAAAGGAUCCGUCAGCAGAAGUGCUAAACAGAAGGCUAAUCAUCUCGCCUUGGCUAAGUACUUAGAGACCGAACUUGCUGGUGGUGAUCAUGCAGAGCCUAUUCCACCCGACUCGCAAUGAAACCUCCCAACCUUCGGGAACAACAACAACCCUUGCAUCUGGCAAUUCAACUUCAGAGAAUUCGACCUCAAAACCGACGUGUACGCCGCAGAAAACAUUUAUAUGCGGUUUGGUUGAUUUUAAGUUAUUUCGGUUAAAUUACGGUUUGGUUCACUCUAACUUAUUUGAAGUAAAUUAUUUGAUAUGAUGUGGUAU